AUGGGGAUAAAGUGGCAAAGAAAGGUGUAUUUUCGCACAGUAGAACUCGUCCAGGAGCCGAUCGUUGGGUCUCCAGGUUUGAGCUUUUAUUUCCGCAUCAAUGGGAAACCAAUUUUCCUCAAAGGCUCCAACUGGAUCCCGGCCCACUCCUUCCAGGACCGUGUCACCCCCGCUGUUUUGAGAAACUUGUUGCAGUCAGCCGUCGAUGCGAACAUGAACGCUCUCAGAGUCUGGGGAGGAGGCGUGUACGAACAGGAUCUCUUCUACAGCAUCUGUGACGAGCUGGGAAUCAUGGUUUGGCAGGACUUCAUGUUUGCCUGCGCCAUGUAUCCCACCGACGACGACUUCAUCCGCACUGUGAGAGAGGAGGUCAUCCAACAGGUCCAGCGUCUAAAAUCUCACCCCUCUAUUAUCAUCUGGAGUGGAAACAAUGAAAACGAAGCAGCGCUGGCGACAGGCUGGUUCAACAUCACCUUUUCCCAGAAGCCGAUGUACCUGAAGGACUACGUGACGCUGUACGUGAACAACAUCAGAGCGAUAGUACAAGAGGAGGAUCAGAGUCGUCCGUUCCUCGUCUCCAGUCCCACAAACGGGGCAGAAUCAGAGCAGGAGGGCUGGGUGGCAGAGAAUCCCUACGACCCCCACUACGGAGACACACAUUUCUACAACUAUGAGGACGACUGCUGGGAUUGGAGGAAUUUCCCUCGAACACGAUUCGCCUCCGAGUACGGCUUCCAGUCCUGGCCAUCUUUCUCCACCCUGCAGCCAGUGUCUGCUAAAGAGGACUGGAGCUACAGCAGUGAUUUCUCCUCCCAUCGUCAGCACCACAAGGACGGCACCCAGCAGAUGUUACUGCAGGCUGCUUUACACUACAACUUGCCCAACUCCACAGAUGCUCUGAAAAGAUACACAGACACUCUCUACAUCACUCAGGUCAUGCAGGCUCAGUGUGUUAAGACCCAGACCGAGUUUUACCGGAGGAGUCAGAGUGAGAUCAUCAAAGGGAAAGGCCACACGAUGGGCGCCCUCUACUGGCAGCUUAAUGAAAUUUGGCAGGCUCCUUCCUGGUCAUCUAUCGAGUUUGGUGGAAAGUGGAAAAUGCUGCACUAUUUUGCCCAGGACUUCUUCACCGACAUCCUUCCUGUGGGCUUCGAGGACGGUGACACGCUGUUCAUCUACGCCGUCUCAGACCUGAGAGAAGACCUGAAGCUCAGAGCUGUGGUGACGGUGUACUCAUGGACUGAUUUUGAUCCAGUUUGCAUCCUGAAGUCAGACCUGCUCCUUGUUCCCGGCAGCAGUGCUGCAGUUAUUUUUAAACAGUCAGUCGCCACCCUGCUGGCAGGAUGUGGACACUGCAGCCGCCUCACCUGCCUGCUCACCUUUCACUUGGAGGACAGCAGCGGGGGGCAGAGAGGUCCAACCAACCACCACUUCCUGUCCUCACCUAAAGACGCUCGGGGUCUCCAGAGACCAAACAUCACUGCCACAGUUCAGGAGGAUGAAUCAGGAGGAUUCUCUGUGACUCUUCACUCUGACUCAGUGGCUCCCUUCGUCUGGCUUGAUGUGGAUAACGUCCCGGGACGCUUCAGCUCUAACGGCUUCCUGAUGGUCACCAGAAACAGGACGGUCAGUUUUAAUGCCUGGCGUCCCACCGGCAUCUCAGAACUCUCAGAAACCCUCAGCAUCACCUCUUUAAGAGACGUUUACUGACCUGAGAGCUGCAGGGCUUCAUGUUCUGUCACAAUCAGAGGGUCAAAGUGAAGCUGUCUUUGCUGUGUAGCUUUAUAAUGAGAGAAAAUCAUUUGUAUGCUAUGCUUCUGUUUUAAAGGAGAGACUAGAUUCUGUUUCAGCUGCUGAGGCAGAUAUUCCCCUUCAUGUUUUGUUGCCAAAUAAAGGAGGAAGUUUCGAGGAAAAGCUCAGAGCAGAAAAGCCUCAGACAACAGUCAGACCCUUGUGAGAAACUAAACUCUACAGGGAAAGUUUCUGCUAAUUCAAUAAUACACAAGACACUUUUACAUUUGAAAAAAAAACAGUGAGGAAAAACAUCCAACACAGACUCUUUAACUGCAGACUUUACUGACUAGAGGAAGCCAUUUCUUAAAUGAAGUUAAAAGUGACUCUGCCUCUCUAAAAUGCUCCUUUUAUACCCAGUCAUACUGACCUGUUCCCAGUAAACCUAAUUAGUUGCAAAAGGCUCCUCCAGCUGUUUUUCAUUUGUACCACUUACUUUUCCAGCC